GAAGCAUAACGAAGAAAAUGUUCAUGAAAGUUUUGCUUGUUCGUCUUUUUUGAUAGGUUAUUUUCUCGUGUUUUUACAGAGGAUGCUCGAGUAGAUAUCCCACUCGCCAAAAAAUUCUGAUCGAUUGACAAUCAUACGCUCGAGAGUUUUGUCAGUUUCUGAAAAACAGAGGACUUACGGGGAAAAAAGAGGUUCUCAUGAGAAAGACAAUGAAAUUUUCUUUUGAAUCCUGGAUUUUUAUUAACAUCAGAUACAAUAUUUGUGCUGCUUUGGUGGUCUGAUUUCAGCGCUCGCGCCAAUCGGCAGUGCAUUGUUUACAGAACGCGCCUUUGGUCACCGUGGAAGCGAAAUGCAUUCAAAAGUGGGGAAAUCUGCCGGCAUUUGAAAGCGCCGAUUUCGUGCGCCCGCGAGCCCAUCGUGAGCGGUUUUUCUAUUUACUUUGUGGCGCCACGGCCUGGGUACUAGGACCAACAUGGCGGCUUAGAAGGAAAAAUGUGCCAUCAACAUGGAAAACAUGUUCCGUUAUUCUUGGCGCAUUAAAUAGACCGGCACACGUUGCUUGACAAUGACGCUAUCUACCAAAGAGCUUUCUGCACUUUUAAGCAUUGUAUCGGACGAGGCCGUUAGCAAUGUAUCCUUUGAGACGACGGCUUUGGCGUUACAUCAGAGAUUUUCCAAGAAUGAACACUUUAAAAUUGGGUCAGCGUUGCUGAUGCUUUUGCAGCAACCAGACCUGUUAUCAUCAUCAAGUCAGCGUUUGGCUGCUUUGUUUCUUCUCUAUGAGAUGUACAAAUCUGAGCCAAUUGCUGCUAAUCCUUUUGCUCAAGUUUUUGUCAAUGUUUUGAAUCCAGCCUUAGAUGGGGACUCCAACAAGGCCGCUAGUGAAACUGAGAAGCUUCCCUCACUCACCAUCCCAGAAAAAUCUUUCAUCUAUGAGCUGAUCACAAACCCAAGCAAAGAGCUUUUGAAAAAGACCCCUCAGCAAAUCCUGGCCAUAGACUACAAUGAAAUGAUUCAGAACUUUGAUACCAGCAACCUGCAGUUGUCAUUGACAGAGAAGAAUUCUCAGCUACCAGAAAUAAGCUGCUCUGGGUUUCCUGUGGUUCUAGCUGACCCACACAGUGAUGCAACGAUGACAUCAUCAAAUAGUAUUGUCAUUACGGAGGCAUUAGUAACAGGAUGUGAUCCUCCAUCUGAGAGUGUUCUGCUUCCAUCGUACACCCGUGUGCCGCCACCUCUUUACUCUUGUGAUGAUGAGCUUGUUUGGAUGAACCCAACAAGCUGGGUGCCGUCUAUUGAAUGGGACACAACAAUGUGUGUCACCAACAGUGCCGGUGCUGAAGUGAGGAGGCUAAUGGCCAAGGCGUUCAAGGGGCCACUCUUACUACAACAACAGCAGCAAGUAUUAAGCGAAAUAGAGAAUGAUCCAAAGCUGGUUUAUCACAUUGGGCUUUCCCCUGCUAAGUUGCCAGAUUUGGUGGAGAAUAACCCUUUGGUGGCAAUAGAGGUUCUACUUAAACUAUGGCAGUCUAAUCAAAUCACAGAUUAUUUCACAGUACUUGUCAACAUGGAGAUGUCUUUACACUCAAUGGAAGUCGUCAACAGACUGACAAAUGCUGUAGAUUUACCUCAGGAAUUUAUACACCUGUAUAUAUCCAACUGCAUAUCGACUUGUGAAAACCUGAAGGACAAAUACAUGCAGAACAGGCUUGUCCGACUAGUGUGCGUCUUUCUGCAGUCGUUAAUCCGCAAUAAAGUCAUUGAUGUGAAGGAUUUGUUUAUCGAGGUCCAAGCCUUCUGUAUCGAAUUUAGCCGUAUACGUGAAGCCGCUGGUCUAUUUCGACUGCUCAAGACUCUGGAUAAUGGCGAGCCCGCACCACCGGCACCAAAAUAGACUAGAGAAUGAGCCAAUCACAGCUCAAGCCUACCGCCAUGUGUCACGUUUUGAGCCAAUGAUAGGCGAUAAAAGAAUGAAUCGACCAAUCAGCUCAAUGCUACUACCUCCACGUGUCACGUCAAAUGAUAGGCAAUAAGAGAAUCAAUCAAUCACAGCUAAAUGUAAACGUCGCUUUUUAUGCUUUUAGCAAAUGAGACCGUGAAGAUAAUGACAAAUAAAGGGAAAGGUUACUUUA